AUGACUAACUAUCUCGAAGUUAUCCAGGUCGGUGUUGCUAUGCUUUUAAUUAUAGGAGUUGGAUUCCUCCUAGCGAAAUUAAAGAUUGUCACACUAAAAGACUCUCAACCUUUAAAUAAUGUGGUUUUUUAUGUGGGCUUCCUGCCCUUAAUUGUGGAAGGUAUAGCUCCAAAGAAGCUAAAGACAUUGGAUUUCCAUCCAUUCGGUAUUGCAGCUCUUAUGGCUCUUACUACUUAUGCAGCAUUAGCUUUUAUGAUGAUAUUUCCGUUUAAGGAUAGGUUCGGAACAUAUCUCGCUACAUCAUUCCCUACUGCAUAUAUUAACUACAUUAUUUCCGGUAUCCCCGUUUUCGAUGCGUUGUGGCCUCCAAGUGAACAUAUUAUGGUUUCUAUGAUGAUGAUUUGCAAUGAUUUAGUUUCAUCACCUACUUUCUUGACAAUGGUUGGUAUUUAUAACGUUAUUAUGGGCAAUAAGAAGAGAGUUGAAAAUGGCUUGCCUCCAGAGAAGUUCUCAAUUAAAGUUAUAGGCAGAGUUCUUCUUACAGUUGCAAAGAGCCCAAUUCUUUGGGGUAACGUUGUUGGUAUUAUUUACUCAGGUAUUGGUAUUCCAUAUCCAAUUUACUGCAACAAACUCUUUGAUUACGCAGGAUCUAUGGUUUUCGCUUUAGCUUUGGUUUGCGUUGGAGUUUUCUUGGCUCAGCACUCUCUUAUUUCUUGCGGUUGGAUUCAAUUCUUCUUCUGCAUGUUCAUCAGAUUGUUUGUUGGUCCAAUUUUCGCAGGUUUGUGGUGCAAGGCAUUGGGAAUGUCAAAGAGACUUUCAAGACAAUGCAUGGUCAUUGGUGCUCAGCCAACUGCUGUCGCUGCUUAUUCAUUAACAUCAGGAGCUCAUUUAGGUGAAGAUGUCGCAUCCACAAUGAUUUUCUGGACAACUGUAAUGUGUGUUCCAACUAUUAUCAUUUGGUUCAGUAUUUUGAACGCAUUACACAUAUAUGAAUAA